CGAAGUGUGUGAAUAGUGAAAAAAAAUCAUACGCUAUAAAAGCAGAAACGUUGCUAAUACUAAAUACAUGACAAUCAUCUCCGUUGAGCGAACGGUUAAGUGAAAAAAAACAUACGUCAAAUAUUUUGUAUGGGCAACGUUUCUGCUUGUGUACAUUUCAUGUAAGAGAUUUUGUUUGUUUGUUGCUCCUCGUGUUUUCGUUCUUUUGUAACUGUGUUGUUUCAAGUCAAAAUUCUGUGUUGAUGAUAUUUUAUUUCGAAUGCGUGUGUCGUUUAGGUUUCGCACAAACUGACAAGAAAAUUGUGUAGAAAAAACAAUACUUUUAAUUGUAAAAAAAACAAACGUUUCAAAAUAAAUUGAUUACAAUUAAUUUUGAUUCAAUAUCUGUAUUUCAGAACAUUUAGUGAAAAUCAGCUAUGGAUCCAGAACAGCCGUCGACAUCACAAAGCGCAACAACAUCAACAAGUGCCAGAGAAGAAAGUAGUUUGACACACAUGCCUUCUCACGAUGUUGCUGCUUUUGGUGUGUCAAGUGAUUUGAAUGAUCUCAAUCUUCCAACUAAACAAGAUAUUUUGAGAUAUUAUUUUUUCUUGACCGAACGUGCCAGAAUCGAAGGUAAAAUGUUUUCAUAUAAAACAUUUACUCUACAUGUGACAGACAAAUUGAUUGAAAUUUGGAGCAAACUUAAUAUUGAAAUUGCACAAAAACGGAAUAUUGUCACAAAACUGAAUAACUUGCUUGACAAAUAUAAAACGAAGAAAAACACAAAACGACAAGCUCAACAUUCGAAGCGUUCGUACAAUCCACAAAUGAAUUAUUUUAUAUUGGAAAAUGUCGAUGCGACUUGAAAUCAACUUUAUGCUCAUGUGGAUUGAUUCCGGACAACUUGAAAGAGUUCAUGCGUGAUCAACAUAAUGAAAGAAAAUCUACGAUACCGGAAUACGUGACAGAAAUUGAAGAGCAAGCACCAACCUCUACAAUAAUACAAACAGCUACCGACAGCCAGGAUGAAACAUACGAUCCAAACGAAGAUAUGGAUAUUGAUGAUGAACCGUCAGUGGGUUCACCAACGCAACGAGGACCAUACACUCCGAGAUAUGAUGCGCCGAACUUUGCUGCGAUGUGUGACAGAUUUGGUGUGUCGGAUCGAAUUGCAUCGGCAUUGGCAACAUCGCUUAUGAAAGAUAUUGGUGUAAAAGAUGAUAAAGGUAAUCUUGUCAUUAUGGAUAAAUCUAAAGUUCGCAGAGAAAAAUCCAAAUCGAGACAAGGAGUGCUUCGUAAGCGAUACGAUGCAUCAAACUUGAUAGCAUUUUCAUUCGAUGGCAGAAAAGAUGAUUCAUUAACGAUGGAAAAAAUCGAUCAAAAACUUCAUCCAAGAAUGGUUAAGGAACCUCAUCUAGUUGUUUUGAAGGAACCAAAUUCACAAUUGUUGGGCUACGCAAAAGUUGAAAAUGAAAAUUCGGAGCACAAAGUCAUCAAAUUGAAUGAAUUUUUCGUCAAUAAAGAAAUAUCUUUGGAUUCAUUGAUUGGCAUAUGUUGUGAUGGAGAGCCGACAAAUACUGGAAUAAAAAAUGGAAUUUUGCGACGAUUCGAAAUGCAGUUAAACCGACCACUGCAUUGGUUUGUGUGUCUUCUCCAUUUUAACGAGCUACCGCUCCGACAUUUGUUUGAAACUUUGGAAAAAUCAUCCACCACUGGACCACGAUCAACAACAGGAACGUUGAGCAAACAAAUCGAAACGUGUGAAAACUCUCCGGCGGUAACCGAUUUUGAGAUGAUCACACUGGAAAAUUGGACUGGCGUAGGUGCUCUUGAAUUAACUACCGACUUCACUACCGACGCUAUGUACUUGUACAAAAUGUCAAUGGCAGUUGCUUUUGGUAAGGUUUCAACGGAUUUGUCUAACACCAAACCAGGGCCAAUUGUACAUUCCCGGUGGCUAACCAAGGCCAGUCGACUAUUGCGGUUAUAUGUGACAACUAAUAAUCCAUCUAAAAAUUUAAAAAUUCUGGCCAAUUUUAUAAUGAAAGUGUAUACGCCAAUGUACUUCAAUAUUAAGCGUUACAACUCAGUGGUAUACGGUAGUGUACUUUUUUUCAAUUGCAUUCGCUGGACGCAAUGUUUGGAUUCAAAUUUACGCAAAAUCAUUGACAAGGUCAUCAAAGAAAACGCCUACUAUGCUCAUUCUGAAAAUAUUUUGUUGGCGAUGUUAUUUGACGAGCAAAAGAAAACCCGCGACAUUGCAAUAAAAAAAAUUUUACACUAUCGGAAUCAUGUAGAAGAUCCGAUGGAACUGAGAGUUUAUAAAAAACCCAACAUAAACUUCAAUGCAACGGACUACACCAACAUGAUUGACAUGGAUGAUAAUUCAAUCAUAUUCGAACCACCAUUCACUCGAAGAUCCACCGCUGCCUGAUCCGAAAAUUCCGGUACACAUACAGGCAACGGAAAGACAUGUUCAAUUGCUGGCUGGCGUAUCAAAACGUGUUCUAGAAAAGCAUCGAGGAGAAGUUAUGUCGGUAACUUUAGAAAGCCGUGAAAAAUACCAUAAACUUGAAAGCAAGAAAGACUUUCAAAAAUAGCUCCUUCUCGAUGUUUUUUUCUAAAACUCGUUUUUCCAUUUCUCCUAUUUCAGGA